CUGACAUAUGCACUCUCUUGCUUGGAAAAAGAAACGGUCCGAUUCGCGCGGCAUUGUUUUUUGCUUCUGAUACUUACGGGUCAUCUAAACCCUUUUAUAUAGCACUAUAUAUAAAAGACAACCCCUCCUCCUCUUUCGUCUAAUAUUUUCCGGAGUUCCCACGGUCUUCUUGCGUUCUAUCCACUAUAGUCUGUUAGGAUGACAGACAACAAGCUUACACUACCCUCUAUCAACUUCAUCAUUCCCCUGCUCCAGAGCGAGGAUGGCUCCAACGGCUCCCGAACCUACGAAGAACCUAGCCGCGAAAUCUCGCCCCCUACCUUGCCUUCACUAAAGGAUUCUGUCUUAGCCAAGUCCCCCAACGGUCUCCCCCCCCACCAAUUGCAACAUCCCACUAGCUUCUAUCCCCAGUCCACACCCAGUGUUCCCUAUGGCCUCCCCCCUAUGCGCCAGGUCCACUCCGGAACCCCGUCCGCCGAUCAGGUCUUUCACCACCAGCAUCUAACUGGUGAACCUUACCGCUCUGUGACCCCGAGCUUGCAGCCGCUUCCGGCUCCCCAGUCGCCCCACGCCGCCUCGUACUCGUCUCAUUCCUCCCCCUCCAAUAACCUCGCACCACUUGCAUCCAUCUCCCUCACCCAGCACCACUACCACCCCAGCCUUAUGUCUCCUAAGAACACGGUGAACGCAGAGGCUCCAGUGAUCCAUCUCAACGAGCAGGACUUUGCGCAUCCGUUGAGGUUUCUUGAGUCGCUCAAACAGAUGGCUCAGGGAUACGGUAUGGUAAAGGUCGUUCCCGGCUGGUUCCGAGGCCCUGCCGAACCGCUCCAGGGCAGCCAUCAGCUCACUUCCCAGCGCACAUACCCACUGGGUCCGCCAGAAAGCAUGAGCUCCACGUCGGAAGAAGAAAGUGACUACGGCCGUGUGGUGUUGGGAAUGACGCCAGUGGACAUGUCGGAUUCGGAAAAAUUGCCCCUGGCCCACAGAGACGAGUCAUUGAUCCACCCGAUUAUCCCUGAAAAGAUGUUCAGUAAAAGAAAGCGGCGCAAGAAGCACGAGGUAACCAACAGAAUCUACCAGUGCAACUACAAAGAUUGCUCCAAGAGCUACUCCUGCUUGAGCCAUUUGAACACCCACAUUGCACAGCUUAGACAUGGCAAGCGCCGAUCCGGAGAUGAGUUCAAGCAGAAGCUACUUGAGCAUGACCGUAUCGUGCAAGGCCGUCACCCCAUUGAUGAUACCGCGAAACCUAUGAAAAAUCCUCAGCUUCUAGACCCACGCCCCCAACAAAGCGAUGAUGAAGAUUAGUCUGGUCUUUGCUUUUUUUUUCUUCUAUUUAUUUAUUUCUACUGUUGUAACUACCACUCCCAUUUACGAUCACUCUCCAUCCUACUGCACCUUUUUACACUGCAUUUUACGAUUUUUACGCCUUCUGGGUAUUCGGUACCCAUAUCCCACCUUCCUUCAUUGUACACCAAGGAUUACCGAAGCCAUAUAUGUAUUUUUUUCAGUCUCGAUGGUUUCUAACGAAACCCACCGCCCCUCUUGCCUUUUUGUAUUCCAUAGUACCAGCACUGUAUUUUAUCUGCAACCGUUUUAAAAACUCUAUUAUGUCGCUCCCUCUUCUUUUACUUGCUAUAUAUAUUUGUAUACGAAUAAUUUAAUAACUAAAUAUGACAUACUGGU